AUGCCCUUUGCCAAAAUCAAAAUAAAAAACAAUGAACUGAUAAGGCUAGGCGAACGGCGUUGUUUUCCUUUUUCAACCCAGCCACAUGUGACGGAAGACGCCAACCCGCAUGCAGGCAAAAGGUGCUGGCUUCUCCACUUCUCCUCAACUGGGCUCGAAUGCAGGCCGUUGCAUUUCCUGGAGAGAUUUUUUUUCCUUACCCCAUAUUUUUUCGUGCGGACAUCUUCUGCUUUUUUUUUCGUGGACCACCCGAUCUUUUUUUCCCGUUUGUGGAUACCCCUGAAUUUUUUUCUUUCUCCAGCUCUUGCUGCCCCGUGCACAAAAAAAAAAUCACCAAGGAGGCUCCUUCUAUUUUUCUUCGCUGGCCCUGCCCUUCCCAUCGCUAAUUAUUCUCUUCGCUUUUCCGUCAUGAUGUCGACAAAGCAGGAACCGAGAAGGAAGGACCCCGCCUCUCGCCCGUACAAAUGCCCCAUGUGCGAUAAAGCGUUUCACCGACUUGAGCAUCAAACCCGCCACAUCAGAACCCACACGGGCGAAAAACCCCAUUUGUGCUCUUUUCCGGGGUGCAACAAGCGCUUCUCGCGGCUGGACGAGCUCACGCGCCAUCUGAGAAUACACACCAACCCGAACUCGCGUCGGAACAAAAACUUGUCAAAGGUUGUGGCCACACACCAGGUGACGCCACUGCCACAGACGAAAACUGUUUCUGUCCCUAUCGGUUCGGCUCCUGUUGGUGCUACUCCUGUGUCUGCAUCCGCAGCGAUUUCCAUCCCGUUUUCAGCCGAAGCGGAUUCCCUGAAAACCUCUGGGGAUGAGCCUAUGCAUUCAUUGUCGUCUUCUGCUCUGUCCACAGCGCUGUCUAUUGAGAAACCUGAUACCCACUCUGACCAACCUUCCACAUCUACUAGAAGCGAGUCUAAUUCUAAUACGCGACCUGCUCUCCGUGGGCCUUCACGGUCAACCAUGAACAUUGAUCUUCUAGCCUCAGCAGCAACUGAAGAGUUGAAGGUGUUGAAGAAAGGCCCAAGCACACACUCGGGCGGCAUAGAUGCUAACUCACGUUCACUUCCGUCGCUCACAGAUUAUUUCAACACCGCGAAGAACAAGUCGGCGGUAUUUGACCCCGGACACAACCUACAAUAUUUGUCUAAGAUGGCUCUUUCAAGCAAAAACAAUAGUGGUCUAGCUUCACCAAAGGCAUUUGGCACCCUUCUGUCUCUUCAGAAAAUGACGCCGCUUAACCCAGCCGUGACGGUUCAUCAGCCUACACCAUCGCGUGCUAAGAUAAUGGAGGAUAGUGACUUGGAGUACGUGCAGCAGAGGUUGAAAAAGAGCAGACCCAACUCGCCUGCUCCGAACUUCACGCUCCCGAACUCACCUAUACUUGGACUAUCCACGUCUAACACCCCUCUCAUGUCGGCCAACUCAUCGUCGACAAACUUGUCGAGCUUCUUCAUGACCCCUAUGAAUUCAGUAGUGCCUACAGCAGACAAGACGCCAUCCAUGUCACGCCAAACAACACGCACGCCACCGCCACUGGGAGCUGCUGAUGUGCAUUCUCCUGGCUACGAACUUGAGCUGGCUGCCCCCACAAACUUGCCACCACUUCGCAGCUUGAAACUAGACUUACCGAAGAACCUCUCCAUGGCAGGUAGCGCAGGCCCACAAAUAUUGAUGGGCACGCGACCCGAGCCAGCAUCAUUACUGCAUCAAGGCAUGCCUAGUGCCGACCGGAUGACAGACGACUAG